UCACACUCUCUGCUGCAGUCAACGAAAAAUAAAUUAUGCUCGGGAACCUGUUUGCUUUAACAUUUACCCUGCUGCUUGCUACCAUGACUGUUUGUGUUGUUGUUUUAACUGCUGAAGGGUAGCCGGGUUCGACUCUCGUCAUCUGCUUACCUGUCGUUUACAAUUCCGGCAUGCAGAUACAACGCCACGUACAUCGUUAAUAGACAGGAGAGGGAGAGAGGAGCUGGUAGGAAUAGACGAAUGUGACAUGUUUAUGUUUUGCCGCGGUCAAUCCUACACUACGUGUACACUACCUAACGUGCGCAUUAAUUAUAUCAUAGUGCAAUAUCUUUCGGGGAGAGCAGUGAGUCUGUAGGAAUUGGAUAGGGCAAGGACAGACGAAUAUCUAAAAGGACCACUGUUGAACAGUAUAGGUUACCAUCGGAUUUAUUGCUAUUUAUCUCUAAAUUAUUUCACCAUCUACAUUUUUUUCCCCAGAGACUUUAUGUUAUCGGAAUAUUUGCAACAGCGCUAAAUCACUCGUUUUAUUUCAGUACCCUGGACAGCGCUAAGUUACUCGUUUUAUUUCAGUGCCCUGGACAGCGCUAUACUGAACCAAAGUAUGGUCGGAAGCGGAGGACAAACUACAAAUCAUUCUCUUAUGCAACGUUUUCUUACCUGUUAUUGAUAUCGAGAGAGCAAGUGGAAUUAAGAGACGUCUGACCUACGUGUGCUGUUAAUUGACAUCUGUUUCUGUUAAUGUUUACAUAACUUUCAGCCGGUUAGCUAUUGAUUGCGCUAAAUGGCAAGAGGAUACCCGUCUACCUGCAAAUUAUAUCCAACCGACUUGAUUUAUAGUCUAUAGUCUAUGGAUUUGUCUCGUUAAUAUUAUGAUUUGUCUCAUAAUAUUGUCCCGAGACCAACACGUGUUGAGUGUAGACAGAGGAAGAAUCAUUUAGAGGCAGAAAAACAGCAUUUUGAGUAGGUUGCUCAGACUUAACAGUUCCAUUUAUUUACAGACCAAAACCAAAGUUACCCUUCAGCAGAACUAGUGUUGAGAUAGGUUGGCUAUUUAAUGAGGGAUAUAAAUAGUUAAUUUUGUCUUGACAAAACACGCAACUUUCAAGAGUUCUUGACACAGCUACAGCAGAACAAUAUCAGAGGAGAAUUAGUCACCAAGACAAUUCUCAAACAUAAGCAGCAUACAUCUUUCAAAACAAGUUUCUGAGACUCUAAAACUUCCAACAUGGCGGUGUCCUGUCAAAGUCUACCCGAGGUUCGACGCUCCAUCAUCGGCCAGACACUGAUCUUUGCCUCGCUGACUUUACUCCUCUCUUGGUCCUGCCCGGCUCUAGGCAAGAAGAAGCUCUACAUCGGUGCCCUCUUCCCGAUGAGCGGAGGCUGGCCCGGGGGCCAAGCAUGCCUCCCUUCCGCUCAGAUGGCCCUCGACUUGGUGAACAAGAGAACGGAUAUACUGCCGGAGUACGAGCUGGAACUGAUCCACUACGAUAGCAUGUGUGAUCCAGGUGAAGCCACCAAGCUCCUGUAUGACCUGCUCUACACCGAACCCAUCAAGAUGGUCCUGAUGCCCGGCUGCAGCUCUGUGUCCACUUUGGUGGCCGAGGCCGCUCGCAUGUGGAACCUUAUAGUGUUAUCCUACGGUUCCAGUUCCCCAGCUCUCUCCAACCGCCAGCGCUUCCCGACGUUCUUCCGUACCCACCCGUCUGCCACCCUCCACAACCCCACCAGGGUUCAGCUCUUUCAGAAGUGGAAAUGGACUAAGAUCGCCACCAUCCAGCAGACUACGGAAGUCUUCACCUCAGUGAACUCCAUCCCCAUUCGAGUUGUUGUUCCCUUCUGUUUACUGUGUGUGUGUGCUCUGUUGUGUGUGUGUGUGUGUGUGUGCUCUGUUGUGUGUGUGUGUGUGCUCUGUUGUGUGUGUGUGUGUUGUGUUUUCCCAUCUCCUGUGCGACUCUGUGUAACACUUCCCUUUCUGAAUCCCCAGCGGCAAGAUGCCAGAAUCAUCGUGGGGCUCUUCUACGAGACGGAAGCCAGAAAAGUUUUCUGUGAGGUGUACAAGGAGAAGCUCUAUGGGAAGAAGUAUGUCUGGUUCCUGAUUGGUUGGUACGCAGACAACUGGUUCAAGAUCAAAGACCCGUCAAUCAACUGCACCGUGGAGCAGAUGACGGAGGCUGUGGAGGGCCACGUUACCACGGAGAUCGUCAUGCUAAACCCAGAGACCGUCCGAGGGGCCUCCAAUCUGACGUCUCAGGAGUUUCUGAACCAGCUGAUGUCUAAGUUGGGGGGUAAGAACCCAGAGGAGACAGGGGGGUUCCAGGAGGCCCCUCUGGCCUACGAUGCAGUGUGGGCCCUGGCUCUGGCCCUCAACAAGACCGUGGGGCCCCUGAAGGCCAAGGGCCGGAGGCUGGAAGACUUCAACUACAACAACCGAGAUAUCACCGCUGAGAUAUACCGUGCCCUCAACACCAGCUCAUUUGAAGGAGUUUCGGGCCAUGUUGUGUUUGAUGCCCAGGGUUCUAGAAUGGCCUGGACUCUUAUUGAGCAGCUGCAAGGAGGCAGCUAUAAGAAGAUUGGAUACUUCGACAGUACUAAAGGCAAUCUAUCCUGGUAUGGGAAUGACAAGUGGAUAGGUCCAGGCCCCCCAGCAGAUCAGACCGUGGUUAUCGAGGUGUUUAGGUUCCUCUCUCAGAAGCUCUUUGUCUCUGUGUCUGUGUUCGCUGGACUGGGGAUUCUACUGGGAAUAGUGUGUCUCACAUUCAACAUCUACAACAGCAAUGUCAGGUACAUCCAGAACUCCCAGCCCUACCUGAACAACAUGACGGCAGUGGGGUGUAUGAUGGCUCUGGCUGCUGUCUUCCCUCUGGGCCUCGAUGGACACCACGUACACAGAAAGCAGUUCCCCGUGGUCUGCCAGUUCCGUCUGUGGCUGCUUGGCCUGGGCUUCAGCCUGGCGUACGGUUCUAUGUUCACGAAGAUCUGGUGGGUCCACACCGUCUUCACCAAGAAAGACGACAAGAAAGAGAAGAGGAAGCAUCUGGAGCCGUGGAAACUCUACGCCACAGUGGGGGUGCUGCUGGUCAUCGACGUCCUGUCACUCAUGAUCUGGCAAAUAGUGGAUCCUCUACACAUCACUGUGGAGAAGUUUGUGAGAGAGGCCCCUAAAGGAGAUCUGGAUGUUCUGAUCCAACCUCUGCUGGAACACUGCAGCUCAGACAAGAUGAAUACUUGGCUUGGGGUGGUGUAUGGUUAUAAGGGCUUGCUGCUGCUCCUGGGGAUUUUCUUGGCUUAUGAGACCAAGUCUAUAUCUACAGAGAAGAUCAAUGACCACCGCGCUGUGGGCAUGGCCAUCUACAACGUCUCAGUGUUGUGUAUGAUCACGGCUCCCGUCACCAUGAUCUUGUCGUCGCAGCAGGACGCCUCGUUUGCCUUCGCCUCCCUGGCCAUCGUCUUCUCCGUCUACAUCACCCUGGUGGUGCUCUUCGUCCCCAAGAUGCGUCGUCUGAUCACCCGAGGGGAGUGGCAGUCAGACACCCAGGAGACCAUGAAGACACAGGGCUCAUCCACCAACAACAACGAUGAGGAGAAGUCCAGACAGCUGGAGAGAGAGAACAAGGAACUACAGAAGAUCAUUCAGGAGAAAGAAGAGAGGGUGUCAGAGCUACGAAACCAGCUGGUGGAGCGACAAGCCCUCCGCUCCCGAAGACGACCCUCCACAGCCAACCAGAACCACAGCACACCCCUUCUCCCCAUCCCCUCGAACAACGACCCCAAAUCCCUCAUCCCCCCACCGGGGUACCCCAACCCCGCCUCAGACAACCACUCCCUCCCUCCAUCAUUCUCCAACUCCUCCAACCUCUAUCAGCCCGAUGGGAAGAUCAGUAGAAACAACUGCCACACCAGCCGGCUACAGCUCCUCUACAAGUAGAGCGAGAAGAUCUGAAGGAGAGAUGAGUAAAUGGGGCGAGCGGGGUAAGAGAUGGGGUAGCUUUUAGAGGAAGCGUGUGAACGGAGUGAGCAUCAAGAAGCAAAUGUGAGUGGGAGUGAGCGAAUGAGUAUGAGUCAGAGAAAGUAUGUUUAGUGAACAAGAGGAGGUAGGGAGGGAGGUA